AUGAGCUUAAAGAUAUGUUCGCCACCUCGUAGAGUAGAUAAAGUUGAUAACUUGGAAUCACAUUUUCCUCAACCGUUGUUCGUUCGUUCAGGUUUAAAUUCUUUUAUCGUACAGAUCGAGACUGGAAGUCCAGGCAUGACGGUUGCCGUCUCAGUCGAUGGAAAGAUUGUCUGGACAGAAGGUUUUGGUUACUCAGAUUUAGAAAACCGCGUUAAGUGCACACCAGAAUCAGUAUUCCGUAUAGCAAGUAUAAGUAAGGCGAUUACCAUGGCGACGGUUGCUAAGCUUAUAGAACGUGGUGACCUUGACAUUGAUAAGCCUGUGCAGUAUUAUGUACCCGAGUGUAGAAAUCACGACCCGGCAGCUACUCUCCCAUUUAGGAGGAAUUCGUCAUUUUUUGAAAGGAUUUUUAUUUUCUUUUUACAUCUUUGCUGUUAUCUAGGUUCAAAGUUUCUGUACACAACUCACGGAUGGACUCUUAUAAGUGCUGUUGUAGAAAAAGCAGCAAAGAUGCCGUUUGAGGAAUAUUUACGACAGACGUUGGACGAACUGGGCCUAGAAAAUACAUAUCUGGAAGAACAUCAACCUCUCAUUAAAAACAGAGGAAGGUACAUAAACACACUUAUGUUUUUGAAAAAGAAAAAUCUUACUCAAACGACUCUCAAAGAAUCAAAAGAAAAUGUUGAAGACGAUGAUAAACUGUCUGGAUUUCUUAAACCAGACACAAUGAAAAUGAUGUGGACACCCUAUGUGAUCCCGGAAGCUAAGUGGGAAGGUAUAGUCAACGCUGGAUACGGUAUGGGUUGGAGUGUUUGCCGGAACAAACACGAGCAUGCAUUCUGCAAAGAUCAAAAGUUCUAUGCAUGUCAUACUGGAGGUGCCAUCGGGGCAAGUAGUGUCUUGAUGGUUGUUCCUAGAGAAAGUGCACUUCAUACAAACGAGAAAAACAAAGAUUCAGAAAAUAAGACUGAUGGAAUAAUCAGUAAGUCAAAUACUGCUCAAGAUCUGCAAGAGGCAUCUUUAUUUAAUUCAAAACGUCCAAAAGGUGUUGUUGUGGCAAUAAUUGCGAAUAUGACAUCUGUUGGGUUAAAUAAAACCGCUUACGAUAUCGCAAGAAUAUUUGAAUGUGUUGGUUACAAGAUGUGAAUUAUAAAAAACAUGCAAGUGAAGUGACGUGUCUGUGAUGGUUGUCUCAUUUUGAUUAAGUUAUUUCUCCUGUAA